GGCGCCAACAAAGAAAUACGCGAAGCCAUCGCUGAUCCCUCGCCGGAGGUGCAGGCCAAAGCGUGGUCUGCGGUGCUUCCAUUGGAUCAGCUGAAGCGGUGCUACGAGCACUCCCUGGAGCUGGACAAAAUAGUGCCCAAGCUGCUGGGCCAAUUGGUUGGCGGCAAGCUCAAUCCGACACAGCAUCUGGAGACGCAGCAGGCGCUGGUCAAGCAGCUGGCUGAGAUAUUGGAAUUUGUGUUGAAAUUCGAUGAGUACAAGAUGAAAACACCCGCCAUACAGAACGACUUCAGCUACUACAGGCGCAUUGUCAGUCGACAGCGCAUCGAUUCUACGGAAAACAUGCUGGUCAGUACAGAGCUGGCGAAUCGUAUGUCGUUGUUUUAUGCGCAUGCCACGCCCAUGCUGAAAGUGCUCAGCGAGGCCACAUCCAAAUUUGUGAAUGAUAAUGCGGACGAUGUGCAAAAUACUACAGAAACGCUUGGCACCAUGGCCAAGGUGUGCCUACGAAUGUUGGAGAAUCCAAAACUUCUGCAACAGAUUGAACGGGAAGAGACGCAAAUGCUGGUGCUGCGCGUGAUGGUCGGCCUGGUCAUACUCUACGAUCACGUCCAUCCGGUGGGCGCAUUUGCCCGCGGUGCCCAUGUAGACGUGAAGGGAUGUGUGCGACUAUUGCAGGCACAACCAGCGAUAAAAGCGGAGCCACUGCUGAAUGCCCUGCGCUAUACGACGAAGCAUCUAAACGAGGAGAAUACGCCGAAGAACAUACGUAAUAUGCUAGCCGCAUAAUGCCGGAUUAAGGGCGCGGAUCAAGCCAAAUCGUUUUGUUUAUGUGUAAAAUUUGUAACGUUAACUUUGUUUAAAGAUUUAAACGGUUUUUAUUUAUGUAAUUAAUAGGCUUCUACUACGAGUAUAUAUAUAUAGAAAUAUAAUGUUUAAAUUGUGUGAGUGUUGUGCAGAAAGGAGGCAGCAUUUAGUUUAAUUUAUGCAUUUCCAGCAUUUGUCGUAUUCAUUUGUAAUAAAUAUAUGUAUAUUUUUCGUAUUGAUUGGCGCCUCCUUGAGAAGUUAAAAAGAAAAUAUAUCAGUAACAACAACCAGCAACAACAGCAACAAUAUUUAGAUCAUAAUCUAGCACUAAUAUUAAGUAAUGAACAAACCUAUUGCAAAUUGAAUAAUAAACAACAAAUUAGCGCAAAGUAAAAUAUGAUAGAAAUGAAUAUCCUAAAUUUCAAUUUCAACUACUAACCAGAGAUUAUAAAUUUAAAUACAUUUUUAAAU